AUGCUUCCUCAGGAUGUCGGGAAGCAGAAGCCACGCCGUGUGUCGGAACCGGUGUGCGGAGGAGACGUUUCCCCGAUCCUUCCUCGGCGCUUGAAGAGCCGGGACUUCCCUCUGAGCGUGAAGCGCCGGAGGUCCGGCUCCGCACCUGAGCGCAAGGUGAACUGCGUCCUAGUUGGAGACGGAGCGGUGGGCAAGACCAGCCUCAUCGUCAGCUACACCACCAACGGAUACCCGACAGAAUAUGUUCCAACAGCGUUUGACAACUUUACCGUGAUGGUUGUGGUUGACGGAAAACCAGUGAGACUGCAGCUCUGUGACAUGGCUGGACAGGAUGAGCUGGAGCGCCUCCGGCCGCUGUGCUACAAGAACGCAGACGUCUUCCUCCUCUGCUACAGCGUGGUGCGCCCCUGCUCUUUCCGCAACCUGACCAACAGGUGGGUUCCCGAGAUCCGUCAGCACUGUCCUGGUGCGCCCCUGAUCCUCGUCGGCACCCAGCUGGACCUGAGGGAGGACGUCCAGGUGCUGAUUCACCUGGCACAGAACCAGGAGCGGCCGGUGUGCACCGAGGAGGGCCAGCAGCUCGCACAGGAGCUCGGGGCAGUGAGCUUUGCAGAGUGCUCGGCGCUGACCCAGAAGAACCUGAAGGACGCUUUUGAUUCAGCCAUCUUGGCUAGCAUCCAGCCGACAGGCACUUGCAGCAUGCAGCAGCAGAGGCUGACCCUGAGGAAGAAGACGCCCGAUAAGAUCAAGAGCCUCUCGGAGACCUGGUGGAGGAAGAUCAACUGUCUGAUGGGAGAGCAGAGCUGUGAAUUCAAGUGA